AUGAGCAAGGCCACGUGGCUGGCCGGCGCCGCCUCCGUCGCCUGUGCCGUCCUCAUCACGGUGGCCGCCGUCACCACCAGCUACCUUCUCUAUGACAUCACCACCUUCUAUCAGAAUGCCACCGAAGAGCUCGUCGAGUUCCGCGUGAGUUCUUCUACAGCCUCAUCAUUUCGUCAUAGAACAUUAGUGUCAAGGAAAUUUAUCGAAAACUUUUUUCAAUACUUAGACUUUAGAGUACUUCAAAAACUGAUGUAUUUAUUGCCUCUUCAUUUCAAAAAUUAGUUUCUUCAAUCAAUCAAAAAUCAAAAUUUCGACUUUUGUAUUUUAAUAUUUUUUUCAAUAGCGUAGCAUUUUGAUACCUACCUGAUGAAAUAAUAAAUAAAAAAAUAUUCCUGAUUGGAUUUUUCAAAUUCUUGCUUUCCUUCACAAUUAGCUUUGUAGAGUGAGCGACUUUACGAAUUUUCAAUUUUGAAAUUUUUGUACUGUUGGCCAUUUAAAAUUGAAAAAUCCAAUUUUUUCCCAGUCUUACGAAACUUGAGCAACAUAAAAAUAAAACGGAAAGAAAAAAAAUAUACCAAAACAGACAUUGAAGAUCUUCGAAACUUUCCAUCACUUUAAUGACCCCUUUCGUUUACUUUUUUCGCAGAGUCUGAAAGUCUCGCAUUUUAAUUUUUGAAAAUUAAGAAAAUCAAGAAAAACGGUAAACUAGAGUUUUCUUUGUAGUCAUUAGUAUAUAAUUUUUUUGAUCAAUUUACCAAAAAAAUAAAUUACGCAAGCUUCAAUAUUUCCACUUCAAUCAAAUAAACUGGAGUGAAAGCGAGAAAUACAAGAAAGAGUGAACAAAAUGAAAACAAAUGAUAUCGAUAAAUUCGCGUAAAUUAAAAAUAUUUGGUGCGCGCACCGUGACAUAAAAACCACAUGCUCUAAAUUUGUUUUCCAAUUUUUUUGACCAAACAAAAAUAAAAAUUGUAUAGAAAGAAUAAAAUUAAUAGAAGCAUUUUUAGGAAAUUGCCAACAACGCUUGGGAGUACAUGAUGAUCGACGCGACGCCAGGAGAGCUUCGCUUCAGCAAGCCAGAAGAUAGCGUCCGAAUCUUCCGAAGGUCCAGCGAUGACUACAACGGCGGAGGUGAAACCAGUCAAUACGACGAUGAAGACCGUUACGAGGGAGCACGACCGCCAGCUCUUCGACCUCAACGUCCAGGAGUGCCCAGAACUAUCCAAGGCUUCCGAAAGCCGAAGCCUGACGGUCCGCCUCGCGACCAUCACGAACGAGAGCGAGAGUUCAUGUACAACAGUGAUAGGGAAGAACCAACGAAUGGAGAUUUCGCCACGAACUCUCCAUCAAAGACGUCGACUCAACCUCCACGGAAACCACAACCUCAGACGCCGAAGAACCAAUGCGGAAAGUGCAGUCAGCAGCCAAACACCUGUCCGCCUGGUCCUCCAGGUCCACGAGGCCGUCCUGGAACUCCAGGAAAGCCGGGAAGCAACGGUGCGAACGGACCGAACGGAAUGAGCGGAAUGGCUUUGGGUGCUGCCAUGGGAUAUAACACGGAAGUCGCCUGCAUCAAGUGUCCUGCCGGAGAGCCAGGAAAACAGGGACCUGAUGGAGAUCCAGGGAUGCCUGGACCGGACGGAGAAGAAGGCGUUCCCGGACAGAAUGGCGUUGACGGUGAACCUGGAAAAGACGGCGAGCCCGGCUUUGAUGGACUCCCAGGAAGACCAGGCUCUCCAGGAACUCCAGGAAUGCCAGGUCGAUCUGGAAGAUCUUUCAAGUCGAAUCCAGGGCCGCCAGGACCUCCCGGACUCGUCGGACAGCCAGGAGUUCCAGGUACACCUGGAGAUGACGGCGCGCCAGGUUCACCCGGUGAGCCGGGUUACGAAGGACCGCCAGGAAGGUUCGGAGAGCCUGGAUUCGACGGAAUGCCAGGCGAACCGGGUAAAGUCGGCGAUCCCGGUGGCGACGCCGCCUACUGUCCUUGUCCCAGUCGCACUAGCCACGUCGAAGAUCCAUACAAGGGCACUGAACAGAAGACUGAGGAGCGGAAGCAGUAUGGAAGUGAGGAGCGAGGACGACCUUACGAAGAUGAGCAUCACCAGGACGCCUACGAAAGCUCUUCGAUCGCGCCUCAAGAUACGCUUGAAGCUACUACGGCGACUCAUGCAGUUCUAACUUACGAUGAGCAACCAAAGAAGACGUUCCAGCAGAGAGAGUGGGAGGCACAUCACCGGCGGCAAGAACUUGCCAAGGAACCAAGCCGUCAGCAGACUCUGCACGAUCUUUCGAAAGGUUUGUGUGGAUUUUCCGAUUAUAAUCUAAAGUUUAGAAUUGUAUGCUUUCAAUCGAUGCUUUACUUGACGAGCCUAAUCUCAAAAAACUCAAAAAACCGUUUUUAAAAAUCUUGGCUUUUUUUUUCAUAACAUCUUGUGGUGAUCCAGAAGUACAAAGCUCUAACUAUUACACAGUGAAUUCUUAAAAUUUCAGUGAAUCGUGGAAAACCUGAGAGCCGUGGCUACGAGCAUUUAUCCGGAUAUGAAGCGGAAGCUCCGAAGAAGGAGUCUGAGAAGGAACAGAAAGGAUCGACCAAAGAGCACGGAUAUGAGAGCUCAACUUCGAAUAAGGACGGCUAUCAAGGUCAGACUACGACGACGGACCACGGCUACGAAGAUAGGACUUCGACCAAAAAGGAGCAUGGCUACGACAGUGAAACUCCAACUAAGGAGCAUGACAAUGGAAGUCUGACAUCGGUCCAGAAGGAGCAUGGCUACGAGAGUCAAGUUUCUACUAAGGAGCACGGCUACGACGGUCAGGCUCCAACUAAAGAGCACGGCUAUGACAGUCGAGCUCCCACUAAGGAGCAUGGCUAUGAAGGUCAAGCUUCCACUAAGGAGCAUGGCUACGAGGGUCAAGCUUCCACCAAAGAGCAUGGCUAUGAAGGUCAAGCUCCAGCCCCCGACCAUGGCUACGCUAGUCAAGCUCCGAAACCAGAACAAGACUACCCAAGCCAAGCUCCAGCCCCUGAGCACAACUACGAAGGUGAUGCUCCGAAAUCUCAGCAUUACGAAGAGCCCAAAGUCGAAGAAGAGCCAGAACGACCCUACCGACGACAUCGCGUGCGAUACAGCCACCGGAAUCGCUACUUUGAUUCGCCGUAG